GAUUAUAAUUAGCAUAAUUCAUUGCAAUUUUGUCCUCUUCACACACUUCUUUUUGUCUUUAUCCAUUAAAGAGAUGUAAUGACAGGCUAUGUUAAUUGUUUAUUUGCAUGCAUGGCUGGUGGCACUUUCCUUGUACUUGCUCCUCCUCUCUGUGUCCCCUCCCUCCUAUCACCCUCCCCUGCUUCCUUUCUUUCUUCCUCUCCCUCUUCUUCUAUAAAUACUCUUUUCAUCUCAACGUAUCCACAUUACAACACAAGUUUCACAACUCAAUAUAUAUAUAUAUAUAUAUAUAUAUAUAUGUAAACUCUCUUUAUACCAGGCGCGCACACACGCACUGAUUAUCAAUGGCUAGUGCCAAGGUCCUUAUAGUGUCAAUCUUUCUUUCUCUUCUGCUUCUCCAUGGAGGCCAUGCAAUCCAAACCGAUACAGUACUGACUAGCAAUGCUGUAUCAGGAACUGCAGCAAGCCCCACAGUUGACUGUGGAGGAGCUUGUGCAGAAAGGUGCAGGUUAUCAGGAAGGCCGAAUCUGUGCAAAAGGGCAUGCGGGACAUGCUGUGCCCGCUGCAACUGCGUCCCGCCGGGCGCUUACGGCAACUAUGAGGCUUGCCCUUGCUAUGCUAAAAUGACUACCCAUGACAACAAUCCCAAAUGCCCUUAAUUCGAGUAUCAACCGACCCUGUAAUCUGUGUACAUGAAAUCUUGUAUUUAGGAAGUUUCUUUCUGUAAUUUCUUUUUGGAUUCUCGUGUUUCUCUUUCUGUGUGGUGUAAUUUGAGUUGCUAAAUCUUUGUACUGGGAAAUAAUAAAUACAAUUAAUAAUUUCGCCGU